AUGGCACCUCUCAUUCCUCGCUUGCAUCUCUUCGAGAUCGACGACCAGCCGUGGUUUCCGCCCUACCUACGUGCCCGUGUACAGGAUGGCUUGAUGCACGCCUGGACAUUCAGCCUCCCAUUCCUCUGGUCCGCCAGUCCUGCAACCCUCGUUGCACGUGUGCUGCAACGCAAACUCGGCAAUGCCAUCUCUCAAUAUACCUUCAUCGACUUCUGCGCUGGCGCUGGCGGUCCGACUCCGUACAUCGAGCAGGCCUUGAAUGCCUCCCUCUCCAAUUCCAGGGCAGUGGACUUUGUCCUCACCGACCUGCACCCGCAUCCCGAUUCCUGGUCCAAGAUCGCCGCCGCCUCGAGACACGUAACCUAUGUUCCCUUCCCCGUCGACGCCUCCGCCGCCCCCGAGGGCCUCAUUGAGAAGUACACGGAAGGUGGGAAGCGCGUCUUCCGACUCUUCAACCUCGCCUUCCAUCACUUCGACGACCCACUUGCUCGGGCCAUCUUGAAGAACACCGUCGAGACGAGCGACGGUUUCGGCAUCUUUGAGAUGCAGGACCGCAGUUUCUCCAGUCUCGUCACAUGCUUCCUGUAUGGCUUCUUCAUCCUGCUGUGCGCACCCUUCUUCUACUGGUGGAGCCCAACCCGCUUGUUCUUCGUAUACUUGUGCCCCAUCGUCCCGUUCGUGCUGGUCUUUGACGGGUUGAUCUCGAGUUUGCGGACACGAACGCCAGAAGAGGUGGAGAUAUUGCUGCGAACCUGCGGGGCGGACACAACGGACUGGGAAAUCAAGAGCGGGCGAGAGAGGUUCUUGUGGCCGACAGGGGAACUGAACUGGAUCGUUUGCACCAAGAAGAUGUGA